AGAAAAUUGCAGGUCAUCCAGCUUGUGUUUUACCCCUACAUACAGACCAUGCUGUAAAAAUUCUUUACUGAAAACAGUCUACCUCUGCUGCACACCCUAUUAGUCUCUUGGGCAUCUUACAUCUUAACAAGGUUUAACCCAAGUGAAUGACAAAAGUUUACACACCUGGUGGCAAUUAUACUCAGGCAAGCGGCAGAAUGAGAGCGUUAUAGUAUGUGUAUGUUACUGACUCAUAGCUGGGACCCCUGGUUUUGGAUUUUGGGGGCAGUGCUAAAUUCAAAUCUGCCCUGUCUUAACACACGCCUCGUUUAAGCUCCACCAGUCUGCCCCGAGUUUCUGCAGAGUGAAUGAACACGAAACACACGGGAUGCUGCAAGAAGAAACACGGUUACUCUUGUAAGUUUAUGGAAAUAUGAUGUUGCUCAGUAGAAAUGAUGGAUGCGAUAGACUCCACUGAUCCAUACAGCCGACCAGCGCGCAGGACACAAUGGAUCGUCAGCACUCUGGCUUACCAUUACGGACUGGACCGGGGAGUGGAGAACGAAAUUAUAGUUUUGGCCACCGGGCUGGAUCAGUAUCUACAGGAGAUUUUCCAUCAUAUGGACUAUCAAGGUGGAGGCAAAAUCCCCUUGGAAGACUUUAACAUCCUGUGUGAAGUUUUGGGACUGAACAAAGACUCGGAGGAAACAGAAUGCGCCGGUGUUUUAGACAAUUUACCCGGCGAGCUCACCUUCAGACACUUCCAUGCCAAACUGUGCGGAUACUUCAGCACCAAGGCGGGGUGUCAGUAUGAGAAUGGCCGGCUGCUGGUCGGGAAGGACAGCGAGCAUAUAGAGACUCAGAUCCGCCUGAGAAGCCCUCUGAAGCGGCGAGAGAAGCUGCUGUCUGUGGGCGUGAGCGGCGGCUCCUGUCCCUCUGUGGAGGGACGGCACGCCUCCGGCUGUAGGGUCGGCUCCUGCACCAAGGAGUGCUAUGAGGAGAUAGUGGCACUGGAAGAAGCCGAGGACCGAAUAACGAAACUGGAAGAUGAGAAUGCAAGUUUGAGGGAGCUGAUUGAGGACAUGCGAGCCGCACUUCAGAGCAGUGAUGCACGCUGCCUGGCUCUGCAGGUAGGACUAUGGAAAAGCCACUCCAAACACAAACCAGAAGAAGGCUGUUUUGUUGCCCACCAGAAACAGGCUGCCCAGAAAAGUAUGAGCAACAGCAACCUGAAAAGCAGCACCUACAGCAACCUGAAGGGCCUGCAGAGCAUCAUCCACGAGAUAGAGCUGCUGCAGAGCUCCAGGGACCGACAGGUCGAGGAGGCUAUGCUGUAUAAUCAGAGACUUGAGCAGGAGUUGUGGAGCUCUAAAGAGACUGUAGUCGCUCUGGAGGACUGCAACCGAACUCUCAAGAGGGAGCAGGUGGGCAUGAGGAGGAAAGUGGAGGAGGCCCGGCAGGCGCUGUUCAGUGGGCUGGGUAAAGUCAAGGAAUUGGAAGCCAAGGCCAGUCAUGUGCCAACGCUGCAGAGACACAUCCUCCAACUGGAAUCAGAGCUCCUCUACUACAGGUCAGAGGUGUCAAAACUACAACUCCCAAGCAGUACCAGGGCAGAGCAGCAGCUGAGUGUUGGCAGCAGGUCGGGCCAGAGAUGCUGCUUGGAUUCUCAACACGACCGCUGCUCCCCAACAGGGCGUGCUGUGACGACCCCUGACAAAAUGGAGGAGCAGCUGUUUCGUUCGGUGGAGGGCCAGGCCGCCUCUGACGAGGAGGAGGACAAAUGGACCGAAGACCAACAGAGGCAGGUGGACGAGGUGAAGAGGAUCUUGACCAGGCUGUCCUGCUGUGGGGAAAGGUGUGACGACAAGGCAUUCAAGAAGCUAAUGUCCAAUUUCGGGAGCUCGAGGAGCGAGGAGAGCUGCAGCGCCGUGGUGGAGCUCCUGGAGAGGGUGACCAGGUUGCAUAAGCAGCUGGAGCUUAAGGAGAGCCAGGCAGAGAUAGACAUGGACCAGAUGAAGGAUUCUUUGGUCCAGGAGCUUCAGCAGAAGGCCGAGGAGACAGAGCUGCUUCAGAUGGAGCUGCAAAUGUUGGAGACGGAGAGGGUUCGUCUGUCACUGGUGGAGGAGAAACUUGUGGACAUCCUGCAGCUCCUGCAGCAGCUCAGAGACCUGAACGUCUCGCGGAGGUCUCUCGGGAAAAUCUUGCUCAGCACUUUGGAGUCUUGCAGCGACCCACAACACGGAAAAGCCCACAUUCUGGAGGUGCUCAACGCUCUCUAUCAUGAACUGGCUGCCUGUGAGAUUCUGUCGACUGGUGGACCUCUGGAGCGAACACAGAGUCAGCAGUCGCUGAAUGCUCUCAUCAUCUCCUGCUAAACAAGACUGCCACCUGCUGGGAUGCUGUUCUAACAGCCUGUCUAAAGAUGCCGGAAACUUUACCAGUGGUCCAGAAACAGGCUGAUUGAUGUGUAUAGUGUAUUAUAUUGUAGCUUAUAUACUCCUCAGACCUUAUCAUCUAUAAAGGAAUAUUAGUUUAGAAUGUUAAUUAUUGUAGUGAAGGGCUUUAUUACAUAUAAGGUAAAUUCUUGCUUAAACGUGUUUUUUCAAGAGCUUUUAUUGCACUUAACUCUUUCAUGAUCUAUACGGAUUUUUUUAUUUUUCCACAACAGAGUUCUGAAUGUGAAAAUGUUGAAAUAAGCUAAACUUUAAAGGGGCAUGAAGUAGUCUGUGAAAUGUAUCAACUUCCACUUGGAAUUAUAACAUGCCUGAUAGGGCUUAAAGGAAGCUGCAUCUCAUUGUAUGUGCUUCAUUCAUCGGCAUCUCAUGAUAAAAUGUAUCAUAACAGGUUUACAAGGCUUUGUCAGUACAAACACAUCUUCAAAGCACAUUAAGAAAUGCAGCCUAUUUUUGACAACACACAAUUAGUGUUCUUUCAAGUCUUGGGAUGCUGGUUUAUUUAUUAACAUCAGUCAUGUUGGGAAAUGCUACUGCACCAUCAAUGUACAUGCCUCCAGAACAUUCUGUAGAUGCCCUAACACUAACCCAGUGAUGCUCACAUAAAACAGCAAGAACUAAAACAUAAAUCUAUGUCCCACACAAGUGCAACCAUUCUAUUACAUUAUUAAAUGCAUUGUCAACGAUAAUCUAUGGUUACUGCCUCAUACCUGUUUCUCCGUAUAAUAAAGCAGAUUCACCUUUAAUUAAGUAUCAUUUCUGACACACGAAACUUGGUCAGUUGCAUUGUCAUUGCUGUCUUGAAAUGUGGGCCUUAAAUACUAAACCACUCACUUGUCACUGAGUCAUGCCAUUAAAGCCUUUGAAGUAUG